UUGGUUUAAGGAACAGAGAAGGAAAACAGAUCUGUCACGUGCCUGGGCUUUGUUCCCCAACCUGCACAUUUCCCUCAAAGGGAAAGAGACCUUCUAGGGAUCACAGACUUGUGCCGGAAGCAUAAGCUUAAACAGGAGAGCUGUGCAGGAGGGUUUUCACCUGAAGUGUGCUGCUCCAGGAGGGAAGAGCUAUCGAGACGGAGAAACUGAGACCCAGAGCAAUCAGUUCACUUGCCCGGGUCCCACAGCUGGGAAAUGGUAGGCUGGCUCAUCAUCCCCCAAGCCCAGGAUACCUGCCACCUUGAAAGUUCUACCUGCGCUUCAGUUGCCAAAGUGAAGCCUGAGGUCGUCAGCAAUGGCCCUGGGAAGCCUAUGCCCGCGCCCUCGGCUUGGUUGGCAGUUCACUGCUUCCUACUCUGAGUGCCGGUCCUGGCCCUCAUGGUGGGCGGCGUGUGGGCAGCCCUGGGACUCUCCCUGACCUGCCUCUCGGCCCUCAGCCUCAUCUCCCCUGCCUGGUUCAUGACGCCCACCUUCUCCUUCGGUGUCCUCACCUACUGCUCCUGGCCUCCGGGCGACAACUGGAACCAGAGCUGCACGACUUUCUGGUCCCUGGAGGACAUGCCUGAUGCUGCCUGGAGGGUCUCUGCUUCGAUGCUCCUGGGGGGCUGGCUCCUGUUGGCCUCCAGCGCAGUCCUCCUCCUGUCCUGGGCCCUGGGCCCCAACGGGCUGUGCCCAAGCAGAGGCAGUGGCCUAGCACCGGGGAUGCAGGCAGCAGCGGCCAUCAUCACCACUGUGGGCCUUUUGGUUUUCCCAGUCAGCCUGGCCUCCCCCUUUACCAAAGAAGUCUGCAAGAGCUCCUCUGUGUACCAUGGAGGGAAGUGCCAGCUUGGCUGGGGCUAUGUGACUGCCAUCCUCAAUGCCAUCCUGGCUGGCCUCCUGUCCAUCAUUGGGUGGCCUUGCAUGACCAAGGUCCAGAGAAGAGCCAUAUUCUUCUACAGUGACACCGAGAGAAUCAUCUUUAUGCCAGAAACCAUCAAAUAAAAUCCUCCCAGGAAGAAAGAACUAAAGAAGCCCAUUCUGAAAAAACUGUCAUAGGUAGAUGCAGCAGGGAAGAUUAAAGCAUUGACAGGCCUUCUUCCCCUACUUCUUGGAAUACAUACUUAGUGCCAAAAAGUGCCACCUAGUCUCUUCCUACACCCAAACCCAGCCUGAGCACACCUCCCUUGGAAAUAGUUAAAAUUAUCUUUAACAGUUUGUCCCUUUAGAGGGAACAGUUGCAUGUGGCUAUCAAAACAGUAGUUUUAGCUACCUGCUGUGGCUAUCAAACAACUGUGGCCAUCAAAGUAACAGUGAGAAGCCUGUGUAGCUGGAUAUUCCAAUCAGAUAAACCAUCAGCCUAGAGCCGGUUUUAAAAACAGGUAAAAGGUUUUAUUCCUUCUGAUUAUUAUUACAUCUCUGCUAAUUGAGCUAUAAAAAGUUCUGACUAGUCUAUAGUUACACACCCAAAGAACUACAAAAAGGUUAUUUUAAUUCAACUUGGCCAAAUACAUCUGAGUGUACUCUGGUCCAUUGACAAAUUAUCUUAUGUGUGCCUGUCUAUCUCUCUGUUCACUUUGUGACUGAUUGCAAAAUCUACAGCUAUUUUGUUUGAGCUUAACUAUUUUCAUAUUUUCUUAUCUUUUGGAUUUUUAAAAAUUUAUGUCUACAAUUUAAAUUGGCUUAUAGAUAAGUGUCAUUAGAGUUAAGGGCAUGCUUCUACCCAAGCUAAUCAAAAUGAUGUCAAGAGUGGUUUUAUAGCUGGGUGUGAUGGUGCAUGCCUUUAAUCUCAGCAUUUGGGAGACUGA